UUCUCUCUAGUUGGACUCCCGGCCUCAACCUCAGACCUCAGAGUGAGCUCCGGUUCUGGACGAUUAUAGCCGUAGAGAUGGAGCAAAGCUUCGCCGGUCGCCGGGCACUGGUCACGGGAGCGGGCAAAGGCAUCGGGAGGGACACUGCCAAGGCGCUGUUUGCCAGCGGAGCCCAAGUGGUAGCAGUAAGCCGGACCCAGGAGGACCUGACCAGCCUGGCCCAGGAGUGCCCAGGAAUGGAGACUUUAUGUGUGGAUCUGGGAGACUGGGAGGCCACAGAGAGGGCUUUGAGCAACAUUGGCCCUGUGGACCUGUUGGUGAACAACGCAGGGGUAGCUUUGCUACAGCCUUUCCUGGAAGUCACUAAGGAGGCUUGUGAGAGAUCCUUUGAUGUGAAUUAUAGGUCAGUGGUCCAAGUAUCCCAGAUUGUCUCUCGGGGGUUGAUAGCAAGGGGAGCCCCAGGAACUAUUGUCAAUGUCUCCAGCCAGGCCUCCCAGUGUGCCAUAAAGGACCAUGCCAUCUACUGCUCCACAAAAAGUGCCAUGGAUAUGCUGACCAAGGUGAUGGCUCUGGAGCUGGGGCCCCACAAGAUCCGGGUGAACACAGUAAAUCCAACGGUAGUGAUGACUGCCAUGGGCAGAGCCAACUGGAGUGAUGCCCAGAAAUCAGAGCCCAUGCUAAAACGAAUUCCACUGGGCAAGUUUGCAGUCAGGAAAAGAAAAAUGACACUAUUCUGGGAAAGAUGAAUUAAGACAAUUAUUCAUGGAGCUGGAAAUGAGCCACAAAUAUCCUCUGUAUAAAUAAAGAUACACAGUUGGAUAACAACAACAAAAAAAGUGCCAGGGACACAUACGUGUCUUCUAACCUCAUAACAUCACCCUGUUCCCC